AUGGGCAUCAAAGGACUCCACGGGCUUCUUAAGUCCAUUCAGAAGCCAUGCCACAUCAAGAAGUUCAGUGGGCAAACACUUGGAGUCGAUGCAUAUGGAUGGCUGCACCGUGGUACCGUUGCUUGUUCCGUGGAUCUGGUCCUGGACAAUCCCACUAGGAAACACCUUGAUUUCGUUCUCAACCGAGUACGCAUGCUUCUUUUUUUCGGAGUCAAGCCCUACCUCGUUUUCGAUGGCGACAAUUUGCCCAGCAAGUCAGGUACAGAGCAGGAUCGACACCAGAGGCGUCAGGAAAGCAAAGCCCUUGGACUCGAAUUGCAACGGAAGGGGAGGCUGCCGGAGGCAUACCAAGAAUUUCAAAAGGCCGUCGACGUGACGCCCUACAUGGCCCGCCAACUGAUUGAAGAAUUGAAGCAAAUGAAUGUGCAAUAUGUGGUGGCACCAUACGAGGCAGAUGCACAGUUGGUGUAUCUCGAGCAGCAGGGCGUCAUUCAUGGUAUCAUAUCAGAGGAUUCCGAUCUGCUUGUCUUUGGAGCUAAGCGGUUGCUUUCGAAACUGGACCAGCAUGGAGAAUGCAUCGAGAUUAACCGCGCUGACUUCACAAGUUGUCGUGAAGUUAGCCUAGUGGGCUGGAGUGAUGCGGAUUUCAGACGCAUGUGCAUUUUGAGUGGCUGUGAUUAUUUGGCAAAUAUUCCGAAGAUGGGACUAAAGACUGCAUACCGAGUCAUUCGCAAGCAUAAGACUGUUGAGAAAGCUCUGCGCAUGCUCCAAUUUGAGGGCCAAUUUCGUGUCCCGGCCGACUACCAGGCCAACUUCAAUCAGGCCGAGCUGACCUUCCUUUACCAGCGGGUUUUCUGCCACAAAGCUGAAAAGCUAGUCACCUUGACCCCGCCUGAAGAUGGUGUCAACUUGAACGACUUACCAUACAUUGGUGGUGAUAUGGAACCUGAAAUUGCUCUUGGUGUUUCUAGGGGUGACCUGGACCCCACUACCAAAGAACCCAUUUGCAUAAAGCCAAUUUCUACCAAUAAGUGGUCUCUGGGUAUCAACCGUCGCCAGACAUUGGGGACUUCCUCCGAGUUGAAGCCAAGGAAGCCGAUUAAUUCGUUCUUUACCCCGAAGCGUACUCCUCUGGCCGAACUAGAUCCCAACAGUUUGACUCCAUCACCCAGUCAGCAGCGACUGUUGGAACGCAACUCGAACAACUCUUGGCAGGCCAAUGCGGCUCCCUCGCGUUCGAACUCUGUUAGGUCCACCCCUCUGCGGGCCUUCUCUGAUCAAGGUCUUAGCCCGAUGAUUCGAAGUGUUGAGCGGUCAUCCUUCCUGGCGCAGAGUGCAAGGUCAUCGACUUUGCAACCGACAAAGCGACAAAGACUAUGCUCCGAGACUGAGGGAGACUCGCUGCCUGCACAUCCUUCGGCGCGCAGUCGGUUCUUUGUCCCCAGCACUGAACAAACUAGCCCCAGUGGACAAAAACUGUUUAGAUCUAAGAAGCCCCGGCAGUCCGUGAUGGAUGUGUUCUCUGAUGAUGUGGCAGAAGACAUCAUGUCCAGCAUUCCCGACCCGAGCGCAACAUCCAGGCUGGGCGAGUCCCAACCUGAGAGUAAUACCGAAACACCUGCCAAACCGAGUAAGGUUGAUACCUCUGUCUCCCAGCCUACAAACAGUGGGGCAUCGACAAGCACAGAUAUGGAGAAACCCCACAAUUCGUCCGAGGAUGACCCCACCAACUCCCCAACUUUUAAUGAGGCUCUUCAGUAUCAUGUUGACCGUCAGAACUCGGGUCUCCUAUCCAAGUUCACCUUCAAGUCUGGCCCAACACUGCCCGAACCAAUGCUGGAGGCUGCUAUUCCUCGCUCUCCCAUGACAAAGAUCCCCGUUGCUCAAUUUCAGCAACCCGUGCCUCCGUCGACGCCCAAGACAAGCAGCAUUGCUCGCGGAAAUACUGCUCAACGACGCCUGACACCUCUGCAGCGUGUGGGACACGCUGCACUCGCUCGUUCUAAUUCUAUCAACCUACCUACAAAGCUUCGGGGUGCAACUUCAGUGGAGCCUUGGACCGAACAACCUUCCCCGGUCUCGAAAGAGUCAUCAUAUACGGGCAUCAUCAAUACCCAAGGCAGCGAGGAUCAGAUUGUUCCUGAUAGCGAGGAUGAGGAGGAAGAGCCCAGCGUUGGGCUUUCUGCUGCUCCUUUGGAUCUCAAGCGCUUUUCUUUUACAACAAAUUAA